AGCAGAUACUUAAAACUGCACUACACGACAUGUCGUGUUAACGAAAAAACACGUAGACCUUUAAACCCAAGCCAACAGAGCAGGUGGGAGCUGUCUCUGGAUGGACCCGGAAGACAAUGCAAGUGGGUGAAAUUUUUGUGGUGGGUUUUUGGGAAAUGCAAAUGCAAAUCCUACUACUAAAGCCGCCUUGUUUUGCUGAGUUCUUGAGUCGUCAGUGGCUUAAACCUUUGAGCCUCCUUGCAUUCUGUUCUUCAUCAGAUUACUUGAACCAGUCCCGUGACAGCCUCCCUCGUUUCUUCUCCGAAGUUCUUCCUUCUUCCAAAACUUCACAGAGAGAGGUGGAUAUGAUGAUGGAAGCUGGUGGUACAGCUGUUGGUCUUGGACCACUUCAUCUGUGUGUUGAAACUGCAACAAUGGCCCUUUUGGCAGCUCUGAUGUUAUGGUCUGAUGCUCAGCAAUUUUCCAAUGCCUAUAUACAUUUACAAGUAAGAUUUGUCAAAUAUUUUGCAUCUUACACUGCUCCUAGCAUCUGUCAGAUUCAGAUGUAUACCAAGGAAAUGGCUUAUAAGAACUAGAAGAUGAUAUCUUGCUUUAGUUUAUGAUUCAAGUAAGGAGGCAACAAAUUAUGCUGUGCAAGUAAUGGAAAGAAAGAAAUAAUUGCAAUAUUUGAAACCUAACUUUUGUUUUCGUGUCAA